GUCUAUAUAGAUGAACUAACUAUUUGAGAUGUUGCGUCAGCGAGAUAAAGCGUUGAUCUUUCUUUGUAUUUUUUCGUUUGUAAGUUGUUGUUACUCACGAAAAUAUCUGAUUGGAGCUUUAUUUGGCGAUGAAGAAUCCAUGGAAACAGGUCAAAGGGCAGUGGAGAUGGCGAUACAACGAAUAAAUCGAAACAAAAAACGAUUUGAAGGAGUCCAGUUAGAAUACAUCGCUAAUGGAACCAGUGGGGUGAUAGAUACAUUCAAGGACAUGCGCAAUGCUUGUUAUCAGUUAUCACAAGGAAUAUAUGCAUUCAUAGGUCCCAUUAGUUCCUCGUCUGUUAAGGCGGUUUAUCCAAUUGCCGAUAGACUUCACAUACCGAUCAUAGCGCCUUUCGCUACGGAUCCUACGCUCUCAUUGGACAAUAAAACAUUCCCGUAUCUGAUUAAGAUGAGUGCGUCAGAUAGCGUGCAGGGGAAAGUACUGGCGGCACUCGUCGAUCAUUUUCAGUGGACUCGGUUAGCUAUUGUGACUUCACUUAGUGAUUAUGGAAUUAACGGAAUUCAAGAGUUCCAAAAAAUUGCACUGGUGAAGCAAUGGUCCAUAGCAACAAUUGAACAGUUUCUACCGACCGCAAAUGCAGCUAAUAUUAGAGUCCACGAACAACUUUUGCGCAUUCGCGACGAUAAAAUGGCGCGUAUUAUCAUUUUGAAUUGCUUGGCACCCUACGCAAAGUACGUCCUGCUCGAAGCUGAGAGACUCGGAAUGACGGGACAAGGAUGGGCGUGGGUGGUGACUGAUGGUGUCACAGCUAUGGACGGAUUAUACGAUAGCGAUAAAAGUGUUCCGUCUCACCUGCAAGGUCUCCUUGGGACUCGGCCAGCUAUUAGCAACGACUCCAUCACUCAAGACUUCAUCAAGAGAUGGAAAAAAGCAUCAAAAUAUCCCCGAUCUAUCAAAGGACCUGAAUCAAUUGAGGGCUUGGUCUAUCGAACUUACGAUUCCGUGUUUACUCUUGCGUAUGCACUAGCGGAUUGUAAAGAUGAGGGUGUGGAUCUCAUACCACCCAUGUUUCCAAAGAAAAUAUGCUCAACAAGCGAAGCCGAACCAUGGGCUGACGGAGAGGAACUCCUAAACAAAAUCAGAAAGUCUAGCGGUGAAGGUGUUAUGAAUUAUUUAAACUUUACCACUAUGAACACUCCGUGGUCGACCGAUUUCGACAUUGUAUUACUUGAGAAAAAAGGUUUCAAAAAGGUUGGACUGUGGUCAAAUGAUGAACUGACUAUAGACGAGAGCCAGAUUGUUUUUAUGGGUAACACAACCAAAGUUCCUGUCGACGUCUCACUUGAUCUUUCCAACGUUACACUUAAAGUCACCACUAUAGUGGAACGACCAUUUGUGAUGUAUGAAGACGGAGUUUUUUCUGGUUUCUGCAUUGACCUUCUCACAAGACUACAAGAGCGAAUGAACUUUACAUACGAAAUUGAGCUAGUACCGGACGCAACGUAUGGAGCUUUCGAAAACGGAAAAUGGAUCGGUAUGGUUGGAGAACUCGUUUAUGGAAGAGCAGAUAUAGCUGUCGCUCCGUUUACGAUCAGUUACGAACGACAACAAGUGAUCGAUUUCACUAAGCCAUAUCUUGACCUAGGAUUGACAUUUCUGAUGAAGAUCGAAUACCCAGAAGUGGAAUUGUUUGCCUUUCUUCUUCCGUUUGACUCAUUGCUGUGGACCACUGUCAUCGCCGCGACGCUAAUGGUUGGCAUCAUCAUCUCUAUUUGCAGUUACCUCAGUCCACAUGGUUACUACGGUGCGUACUUGACGCGUUCAGAUCCAGACGACAUGUCGGAUUAUGAUAACAGAAACGCACUGAAUAUGUACCAAUCACUGUGGUUCUCCUAUGCUUCUCUUGUCCAACAGGGUGCUGAUUCUCAAUCUAGGUCACCGCCGGGUCGCGUGGUCGCAGGAUGCUGGUGGAUUGCUGUCACCAUAAUAAUUUCCACAUACACCGCAAAUCUAGCUGCCUUCUUUACAGUAUCGCGAAUGGAUACAGGGAUUGGAUCAAUUGACGAUUUGGCGGAGCAGAGUGAGAUUAAGUACGGAACAAUUCGUAAUAGUCAACCCCAGUCGUAUUUCCAGAGCGCCAAACUGGAACUCUUCCAGGAUAUGGCAGACUUUAUGCGCCAGCAUAAUACAUUCGCUGAAAACUCAAAUGACGGAAUCGCUAGAGUCCGCAAAGGCAAUUACUCAUUCAUUUGGGACUCGUCCGUACUGGAUUACGUCGCCAACCAAGAGCCGUGUGACGUCAUGACGGUCGGAGGCUUGUUUGGAAAACUUGGGUACGGCCUGGGUCUACCAAAGAGUUCACGGUUUAAGGUUCGCUUCGAACGGGAAAUCUUACGUCUCAGACAGGAAGGAUUCAUCGACGAACUGACAGAGAAGUACUUCGGAGGGGUAUGCCCAAGCCGUAGUACAUCCGGUACCUCUAGCAGUAAGAUGAACUUCGUAAUGAUGGCCGGCGUCUUUUACGUCAUGUACAUUGGAUUUGUUAUAGCAGUUUUCGCUUUGAUAUUGGAGUGUGUCUGUGCUUCUUACAAGGACAGCAAAGCAUCUUUACGAUCGCGAGACAGGAUGCAGUAUAUCUCAACAUAUGAAGCAUUACAGAUACGAUUUAGCAGAACUGUACAACAGAUGUUUAGCCGCUGCUCGCCACACCAUCAUAGUGAUACAGUCAUGUGACCACACUCCGGAAAUAUGAUUGGAUAAUCGCACAUGGCGAUUUUUUGGUGGCAGCAUUAACUAUUGAAACCAGGGAACAGUGAAAUUCCCUGUUGAAACAAUAUUUGACUUGCGAUAAAAGUGGGGUUCUCAGAUAGCAAAUGGCAAAGUUUCUGAAAAUGGUGAUUGAUAAUGGAUUGAUAGAUUUUGUCUCGAUUAAUUUUAGUGCAUGGUCGACAAAAUAAAUUAAUUUGUUCGACAAUGACACAGAAACUCAAUUAAUGUACUGAGAGAAUCAUGUUAAUAUUUGUUGGUUUGAAGAUCCAUGUAGAAUAGAUUCGAUAUCCUCAUUUUUGUUUGAGAGAUCUCUUCCUUACUUUUUUUUCGAGUCUCUAUCACAUCACUAUUAUUCUAUUUUUAGCAUUUAAGACCGUGUGCUACCUAAUGCUUAUAAAAUCCACUUCUUGCUCCACUAAUUAAAAUUCUAUUUUUAGAUCAAUCAAUCAAUCAAACAUUUAUAUUGCGCCAAUUCCAAAAAAUGAUCAAAGGCGCAUUGUACCCUGAAGUUUGGUUUACAAAUAAGUCCUAAGGUUUAUUUUAAAAGAAUCAAGAGUGGAAGUGUCUUUAACGAAUAUGGGAGUUCGUUCCAAAGAGAAGAUGCAGCACAAGAAAAAGUACGACCACCGUAAGUCAUUACGGAAACAAGGAACAGGUAGCAAUGAUUUGUCAGAAGAACGAAGGCGGCGAGAUGGAACAUAUCGAGGAAAAUAGUUGAAUGAUAUAAGAUAGACGAAAAAUUAAUAAAGCCUACUAUGUUGAACGUACGCGACACUUGAAGUAUUUCAUUAUGACAUUUGCUUUAUGUACUUCGAAAAAAUGAAAAUAAACAAUUGUGCAGUUGCGCUCAAAGCGUUUAGAGAUGCGGUGCCUAAUUGAUUGUACAUAUUCAACGAGCUUUUGUUUCGUAUAAUGAUAGUAUAAUCGAGUAACUCUAUUACACAACCAUUUUUCACAAAAUUAGUAAUCCUAACCAAUAAAUCAUGUAUGUCAUAUAAAUUAUUUGGUACUGGAAUACUGUAAGUGCUGCUCGAGGAGCUUUUCACACAGCUGAAAAUAUUUUUUUCGUUGAGAAGGGAUAUAUUUGAUACGAGUAUAAAAUAUAACAUUAUACGAUAGGCCUACAUAUUAGUGUUUUACAUAGAAACACUAUUAGUUUAUAGGCCUCGCUUGGUGUUGUGACCUAUUAAAACAAAGGAAAUAUUAAGUUUUAAAAGCAUAGGCCUACAGUGUUUUAGAGAGUUGUAAUUGAUUUAAAUAUAUUUUAUCUUCCAAUCUACAUUAUAAAUUCAAAAUUAGUAUUGAUAUAAUUCUAAAUAAUUACACCGUAGUCGAUUUUAUUAUAGGCCUACCUCUAUUCAAAUAUCAUUCAAUGGCGAUCAUAAUUACGUUAUCUAUUUUAUACUACGGGUUUCGCCAAGGUAUUUAAUCUUCAUAUGCAGCCACUAUCAAGUAUAUUAUAUCUAUUUUUGCAUUCUCAGUGUUUGGACCUAAUGCCAAACAUAAAGUAUACAACAAAUCGAGUUCACUACAUAUCAAAGUGCCACUAUUUAAAGUAUAAAUACCAAUUGCGCUGUUGACAUAACAAUAUGUGUUUGUUAGCACCGAUAGUGGGAAUUUCCAAAAUUGACCAGAUACCGGUAGUCUAUAUGUUUUAGAUUGACGUAUGUAUGAUUUCGACAGCCCCACACAACUCACAUUUAUUUACUGGUAGAAAAUUUAUAUUUUGGGUUAUUGAUUAUAAGGAAAAUUGUGAAUAACAUUAUUCACUCCUUUCUGGAAUGAGGGUAGCAUUUUGAAAAAGGCAAAUCCACCCACGUAGAAAUUUUUAUGUUAAUAUAUCUCUACAAUGGGCACCAAGGUAUAUAAUUUGUCUAUACCACCGUCACGAUCAAAUCUAUUGGUCUACUAUAUUGGUGUAUAUCUCAGUGAUCGAACUUUUAUAAUACCAGACAUGAUACAAAGUGGAUGGUGAAUUAACUAUGUCAAAAUACCACCCUUCAAUGCCGUAGCCAAGAUUUUCAAACAGUGCGGGACAAUAUCGGGGUGGACUCACUUUACGAGUAAAUUCAAAUAAUGUGGACCAUUUUCUUAAAGGUUGACCCAUUUUAUGCAAAAAUAUGAAAAAUCUGGACCCAUUUUCAUAAAUUUUUAACCAUUUUAGGCUAAAUAUGAGAAAUCUGGACCCAUUAUCAUAAAGUGGACUCAUUUUAUGCAUAAAAUUGCAUAAUUUAGACCCAUUUUUAAAAUUUGGACCCAUUCACUGUUCAUAACAAUUCAUACAAUGUACGUCAUCGUCGUCGUGCAAUCGAAAGCUUCCUAAUAUCGAUUGUGGGAUUUUCCAAAAUGUAUAACAUAUUACUCAUUAAUUUUGUUUUGAGAGCCCAUUCCUAAUAUUGUUUGAAAAUUUAAAAACUCGAUAACAGAAUCUAUUUAUAUUAAUUAAUUAAAGUGUACUUAUCAAUUCGCUAAUAUUAUAACAGUGUAGUUUUGGAAAUUCCAGACACACAUUAAAUAUUAACUAAGCAUACCUAUUUAGUAUUAAAGUCAAUAUAAAUGAGACGUGCAUAGUCAGAUAGAGGCAGUGCGCUUAUUGGUGCGGUGGAAGAACGAACUCAAAUUAUAUAGAGAACUAAAUUGUGUUAGCUGAUUCACAUCCGAGUAUAACGAAAAUAUAUAUACUUCAACCCAAGCAAUGUAAGUUUAUAUUAUUUAUCAUCAUAAAUUAAUGACAUAUUGCCUCUACGCCGAGCUGUCUUCUAACGUCUCCACCUGAGCUGCUUUGAAAUACCGAAAGAUGUCAAAAAAUCACGGCUCAUCAUUUGCUGGGAUGGUCAACCAGAACUUGGCACAGUCCAAUCCGAAUUCUACUAUCCGUUCAGAAGUUGCAAUGAAUAAAGGAAAGGCAGAUUUCGUAGUGGACACGCCUGGCAGACCCAGAGAGAUUGUGGAAGCCAAGUCUUCGGGGAAGAUCACAAUGGGACACGUGGAUCAAGCUGCUGGAUAUGCGUGUGGGCAGGGGAGUAAAACCACACUUGCCGUAGGAAGAGACGCAAACGUGUCUGAAGCUGUUUCUGAUCACGCAAGCAAGAGGAACGUGAAUAUAAAACACAUGGAUUUCAAUUAAUUAUAAUCAUUUGCAGCAUAUGCGUAUGGACACAUUUUACACUAGCAACAAUAGGCCUAUAUAGGCUAAUUAUACUAGAAGAACAGAAUAUUGAGAAUAAAAGCAAGGAUUCGACCAAUUUAUGUAGUUAUAUUUUAAAUAUUCUCCGAAAUCAGAAACAAAAUAAUGCCUCAUUGUGGUUCAGACGACAAUUCACAGGGCUGAAAUCAUUGUAGUAAUACUUUCAAGAUAGUGAUUUUAACAAUUAAUUGAAUUGAAUCGUUUUUUAAUUGUAUUUCAUUUUCGGUUAAUCAUGAUUGUCCCUUUCCAUUGUAUCUGUUUUUAAUUUAUGAGUUUGAUGUCUGGUAAAUAAUAUAAACUUACUGAUAUCAGUGUUGUGACGAUUUCGUCCCCAGCUAAGCAUAGUAAAUUCCGAAGUACGCAUGCAGAAUUCACUAUCAUCCCGUUAUGUAGAGGGGAAUUUUAUUAAGGACCGAAGUUCCUUUACAAAAUGUUUCAGUGAUUAUAGUAAAUGAUUGAAUUAUAUCGUUGUAGAAUUGUAUUCUAUCUUAGAUUAAAAGCGAGCAUAAAUUUGC